UUGGUUAUUUUGGUUCGCCACAUGCGUGUUAAUAGCGGUCGUAGCACAUUCAUUGGCUGUAUCUUUUCGAAUUAGUUUAACACGUGAAAAUUUACCGAAAUAUUGUUUAAUAAACAUUAUUACAUUGCAAACAGUAAUUUAAAAAAAUGGUGAAGAAAAAGAUCGACAAUCGCAUUCGUGUCCUGAUAGAGAACGGCGUAAAGCUAGGCCACCGAACGAUGUUCGUUGUGGUCGGGGACAAGGGCAGAGAUCAAGUUCCGAUUCUGUACGACAUGCUGACGAAGGCUUCAGUGAAGGCGAGGCCUACCGUUUUGUGGUGUUACAAAAACAAGGACGAAGCUAUCUCCAAUCAUGGAAAGAAACGAGCAAAAAAGAUACAAGCAGGCAAAAUUGACAUCAACGAGUCGGAUUUGUUCGAUACAUUCAGAGUGUCGACAACUAUUCAUGGCAGAUAUUAUAAGGACACGCAUACGAUCCUUGGGAAAACUUAUGGCGUUUGCGUACUGCAAGAUUUUGAAGCUCUAACUCCCAAUCUACUUGCACGCACAAUCGAAACAGUCGAGGGAGGAGGAUUGAUCAUCCUUCUGCUGAAAACCAUAAACUCUUUGAAGCAACUCUACACAAUGAGUAUGGAUGUCCACAAGCGGUAUCGAACGGAAGCACAUCAAGACGUCACGUGCCGUUUCAACGAGAGGCUUAUUCUUUCUUUGGCUGAUUGCUCCCGUUGUUUGUUGGUUAACGAUGAUCUAACCGUUCUUCCGUUGUCCUCCAGAACUGCAGAAAUCAAACCCGUUGAAAUCAGUGCGAUGCGAAAAAGUGCGAAUGACGAAAUGCUCGAAGAACUUAAGGAGAACCUUUCUGAUACUCCCCCGGUGGGUCCUCUCGUAAAUCUGUGCAAGACACACGAUCAGGCUAAGGCAGUUGCUCAAUUUAUCGAUGCUUUGGCCGAGAAGCAACUGAAACCGCCAACGUCCUUAACUGCAGGCAGAGGUCGUGGUAAAUCUGCCGCUAUGGGUUUAGCAAUUUCUGCAGCCAUAGCAUUCGGAUAUGUAAAUGUGUAUGUUACUUCGCCAUCGCCAGAAAAUUUGAUCACACUCUUCGAGUUCACCAUGAAAGGAUUUGAUGCUCUGGAAUAUCAAGAGCACACCGAUUACACCAUCAUCAGAUCUACUAAUCCAGAUUUUAAUAAAGCCAUAAUUCGAAUAAAUAUUACAAGGAAUAAUCGUCAGACAAUUCAGUACAUUUCGCCAUCAGAUGCACAUCUGCUAAACGCAGCUGAUUUGCUAAUAAUUGACGAGGCAGCUGCCAUUCCACUGCCUCUUGUAAAAGCGAUGCUCGGACCUUACUUGGUGUUCAUGGCAUCGACCAUCAACGGGUACGAGGGCACUGGUCGCUCGUUGAGUUUGAAGCUCCUAUCCCAAAUACAAAAGGAUAACCAUGCCCCACCACCGAUAAAACUUGAAGAGUCGAUCCGUUACAACCCGCAUGAUGCGGUAGAAUCUUGGCUCACAUCAUUGCUAUGCCUCGAUGCUACAGUGGUUCCAAAUCUUAACUCCGGUUGUCCCACCCCAGACGUUUGUGAACUGUACUAUAUCGAUCGGGACGCGCUUUUCUCGUACCACAGAGCGGCGGAAGCAUUCCUACAGCGUGUCGUUUCCAUAUGUGUGUCCUCGCACUACAAAAACAGUCCCAACGAUCUGCAGAUGAUGAGCGAUGCUCCAGCCCAUCAUCUUUUCUGUCUUCUGGGACCGAUAACGAAGAAAGAUCAACUUCCGGAAAUUCUGGUGGUGGUUCAAGUUUGCCUGGAGGGUCAAAUAUCGUCGCAAUCGAUACAGAAUUCGAUGGCUCGUGGGAUGAAGAGUGCCGGCGAUUUGAUUCCUUGGAACAUAGCCGAACAGUAUGGCGACCAACAGUUUCCAAAGUUGAGUGGUGCUAGGAUUGUAAGGAUUGCCACACAUCCAAAUUAUCAACGUAUGGGCUACGGUAAGCGAGCGUUGAAAUUGCUUAAGAAUUACUACGAAGGUAAUUUCACAUCUCUGGGCGAUGACCUGGAGGAUGACAAUGAAGACAACGGAAUCCAAACAAUCGACGACGAAGACGUAGGUCUGUUGAAAGAGGUUAUCGAACCUCGCAAGAAAGUCCCCACACUGCUGAAACGUCUAUCCGAGCGUCGACCCGAGCAUCUCGAUUACCUUGGAACCUCAUUUGGGCUAACGAACGAUCUACUGCGCUUUUGGAAAAGUCAAAAAUUUGUUCCUGUGUACCUGAGCCAGAAGGAAAAUGAUUUGACAGGCGAGCAUUCGUGCAUUAUGUUGUCGCCCAUCAGCACCGGCAUAGAAAAGGUGGAAACCAGCGAUUGGUUGAAAGAAUAUUUCAUCGAUUUUCGGAGGCGUAUUUUGAAAUUGCUAGGGAAGUCGUUCACCAAGUUUGGUACCGGAAUGUCACUUUCGCUACUCGACAACCGUGCAGUGAAGAUCGAAGGACAAGAACUAACACAAAAAACCAUUGAUGAAUACUUCCUGCCACAUGAUAUCCAACGGUUGGAGAUGUACUCACGCAACCAGGUUGAGUACAAGUUGAUAAUGGACCUCACAUCGGAUCUGGCCCUGCUAUACUUUCAAUCGAAAAUGGGUAGUGCUCAAAUUGACUCGCUCCAGAAAGCAAUUCUUCUGGGAACGGGACUGCAGCAUAAGGCAAUCGACAAACUAGCGGAAGAAUUCAACAUGCCCAACAACCAAGUGCUUGCCAAGUUCUACGAUUGUUUGAAAAAGCUUACGAAGUACAUCGAUUCAGUGCUGGAGCGCACCAUCGAGAGUACCAUGGUAAAAGAAAGUCUGCUUGAUACAGGCGAAAAUUUAUUGGCGCUCGAUAAAUCCAUCAACGAGGAUCUGGAAGAUGAUGUCCGGAAACUAGAGAAAAAGCAAAAGAAAGAGCUGGCUCGGCUGAAGAAGGAGAACCUUGAUCAGUAUGUUAUCAAAGGAACGGACGAUGAAUGGAAAAAUGCAUUAUCAAAAAAUAAGUCUUCGAUUGUGUCGAUUAAAAGUGGCGAAAAACGUCUUGGAGAGGAGAACAAUCUAUCAUAUGAGGAAAAUGAUAGCCUUCCUAAAAAGAAAAAGUCAAAGCAUGACUUUGGAAAGAAACAAAAAUUUCGCAAAAACAAGUAGAAUAAUUGAAAAAUUAUUUUUCAUCAUAGAGAACUUAUUUUACGCAAAGAAAAUAUUAAAUUACCAAAAUCUAA